CGAGUACAACUUCACUGAUCUAUAAACGCCUACUUGCUCUUUCAGUCGACAUCGUUACUUCCAUAUGUUUUGCAACUCAUAUGAAAAUAGGCCCUUAUUUGACAAACCGAACAAGACGUUACAAGAGGUAUAGUUGUGUGGCGUAUUAAAAAAAUAAGAUCUCCAGCUCCAGGAUAUGGUAAAAACUAUAGCCGCACUGAAAUGAGUAUCAGAGAUAAAGAGCUUAAGAUACAUUUCAAACCCGGGCACGUUGAGCUUGUUCAGGAUGAUGUUUACACGCCAUACCGUCGUGUGCUUGUGACAGGUGCGACUGGGCUACUCGGCCGUGCUGUUUACAAAGAGUUCAAGAACAAUGACUGGGAUGCUUUGGGGUCUGGCUUCAACCGAGCCCGACCUUGUUUCCUUAAGUGCAAUCUUCUGGAUGAGGAUGCAGUGCGAAGGGUCAUUCAGGGGUUUCAGCCUCAUGUCAUCGUGCACUGUGCUGCUGAGAGGAGGCCAGAUGUGGUGGAGCGUCACACUGAAGCAGCCAUGAACUUGAAUGUACAUGCAUGUGCUACACUGGCCAAAGAAGCAGCUGGCAUCUUUCUCAUUUACAUCAGCACAGAUUAUGUUUUUGAUGGCCGUAAUCCUCCUUAUGGAGAAAACGAUGCCCCCAAUCCUUUAAAUUUGUAUGGGAAGUCCAAGCUAGAGGGAGAGAGAGAGAUACUCAGACAUUGCCCAGGUGCAGCUAUACUGCGAGUGCCCAUUCUUUAUGGAGAGGUGGAGAAGGUGGAAGAGAGCGCAGUAACUGUUUUGUGGGACCGUGUUCAGGAGGGAGCUGAGACCUGCACUAUAGAGCACUGUCAACAACGUUUUCCCACCUACACUAAUGAUGUGGCCUGUGUUUGUCGGAACAUGGCUGAGAGAGCCCUUCAGGAUUCAUCGUUGCGUGGAAUCUUCCAUUACUCUGGAAAAGAGCAGAUGACCAAAUAUGAGAUUGCCUGUGCUAUAGCAGAUGCUUUUAACUUGCCUAGCAGUCAUCUAAUACCAAUGACAGAGCAGCCAGCAGGAGCAGGGGCUCAGAGGCCACAAAAUGCCCAGUUAGAGUGCUCACGUCUGGAGCUCCUGGGUCUGAGUGUGGAGCCCAGUCCUUUCAAAACUGCUAUACGGAACAGUCUCUGGCCCUUCCAACAUGACAAACGAUGGAGGCAGACUGUCUUUCACUGAGGAAACAACUAUACCCCACUCUCAAGAUUAAAUAAAGGCUACAUUCGUUAUGCUUAGCUUUUUUAUCUAGCCAUCUUAAUUUAAAUUCCUGAAAACAAAGCAGGGCCACGCUUUUAUUAUGUUCAGCAACUUUGUUUGAUGUUACGGUAUAUGUUUAUUAUAGCCAAAAGGUAUUCUACCAUCUUGUGUUUUUUUUUGUGAAAAUUGCACUGUGGGUUAAGUCUGUUCUCUCGGGCACAUUUGUUUGUUUCCUUUUUUCCGCAUUUUAUUACUCAAGUAAACAUGAAUUUACUUGAAGAGAGCAGUGUGACUGUAAGACACAGUAGUGUGAUAUACAUGCUAUACACUUUCUGUUUCAUGUGUACAUGUUUUUUUUCCACACGUUUGGUUUACUUGAGAACAGAAUGCAAUAUGAAUGCACUAUAAAUGAAGUAUCAGGAAGUUACUGGGUCUCUUUUUGUUUAUUUUUAGUUUAAUUUAUUUUUUAUUCUUAUAGAUGCUUAGAUGAAUAGAGCUACAAAGUUUUGCUAUCCAAGUGUGUUCAGGAAGCACAGUGUCAAAAACUGACUCUACUAAACAAAGCCAGUAACAUGGUUUCAUUAUUAUCGUAUUAACUUUAUACCGUGUGCAUGUUUUCUGUUAAAAGUAAACCUUGAAACUGUUACGGUAAAAUGUCCUUGUUUUCUAGUUUAACGAUUUCAUGUAACGUUUCUGAAAGAUACCUUGUAAGUUUCUAAACGAACUCAUGAAAACAUUUAUGUUUAUGUUAUAAAACCAUAUAACACUGAA